AUGCUGGUAUUAAAGGAUUGCUACGACCGCCAACGUUCAAGUAUGCCUAACACAGCUCGCCCUCCACCCAGUUUGAAGACCGACACUAGUGACAAUACAUUUCAUGCUAGCCUGUCUAUGUUGGAGAAUGCAACUCAGAAUUCUGCUGCUGCGUAUACAGCCAGCUGGGUAAGCAGUACCUCGAGCAUUCCUCCGGAACUAAGAGAUGAGCCAGAGGUACCUUCAUUCAACGGUUCAGCGCACGACGGCUUUCGUGAUGAGCCGCCCAUUGGCCCGAGUGCCAAUCUUGCACCACCAGUUGGUUCCUUCACGGAUCAGUUUAGCAAGAUGUCUGUGCAGGACAAGCACUGGCCUGGUCUUGGAAAGGAUGGGGAUAAUACAAGUGGCGGUGGUAGCGCUAGACGACGUCGUUUGGAGGAGCGGGAGCGUCGCACCAGAGCUUCGCCGAGAGAACUUACGUGGGAAGAGCGUAUACGAAAAGGAGCUGUUCAGAAGGAACGAGUAGAGCAGCGAGGGUCAGAAAAAUCUGAACGCGAGAACCGAGAGAGUAGCAGCGUAAGUGGACGUGGCGCACACAAAAGCCAGCGUGGUGGCCGUUUACCUGAAAGCGGAAAGAUUGAAAACGGUGGAAGAGAUGCUGAAAUCUCUCCUGUGCUAGGAGUGGGUCCCAACGAAAUUUCUCGAGCAUUUUCUUUCUGCCUGUUUUUUCCAAACCUUUAA